GGCGCGGCUGACGUGUGGCGGCGUUUCCGGGAAGAUGGCGGCUGUAGAAGCAGCUGCGGAGGCGGUAACGGUGGCGGCGGCAGUUAGACCUAAGGUGAAAGACGAAGAGGAGGAGGAAGAGGAGCCACUGCCACCGUGCGAGGCAGUGCGCUGGGCCCCGGUGGGGGCGGUGGCGGAGGCCGGGCCUGGGGCGGCUGCGUUCUCGGAAGAGGCGGCGGCCGAGGAGUCCGGCGCCGUCCCAGGCUCCCCGCCCGAUUCGCCCGGACGGACGCUGCGGCGGCUGCGGGCCGAGCGGCGGCGGCUGGACUCGGCGCUGCUCGCGUUGUCUUCGCACUUCGCGCAGGUACAGUUCCGCCUGCGGCAGGUGGUGCGCGGGGCGCCGGCGGAGCAGCAGCGCCUCCUGCGCGAGCUCGAGGACUUCGCCUUCCGCGGCUGCCCUCAUGUCCUGGGUUACAGGGGACCCGAGGACCCCGCCAGCGACGAUGGCGACGGGCUGCCGGAGGACCGGCUGCGGUUGCGGAGCGAGGACCAGGGUUUGAGUGAGCAGGAGAAACGGGAACGGCUGGAAACCCAACGGGAGAAGCAGAAGGAACUGAUACUGCAGCUCAAAACCCAGCUAGAUGACUUGGAAACAUUUGCUUAUCAAGAGGGCAGCUAUGACUCCCUGCCACAGUCUGUGGUCUUGGAAAGACAGCGGGUGAUCAUAGAUGAGUUAAUAAAGAAAUUGGACAUGAAUCUGAAUGAAGACAUCAGUUCACUGUCCACCGAGGAGCUCCGGCAGCGUGUGGAUGCAGCUGUGGCUCAGAUUGUCAACCCAGCCCGGGUGAAAGAACAGUUGGUUGAGCAGCUGAAAACUCAGAUCCGAGACCUGGAAAUGUUCAUCAACUUCAUCCAAGAUGAAGUGGGAAGUCCAUUGCAGACAGAUAGUGGACACUGUGAGUGCAAGGCCAGUGGGAAGACAGGAAAUGGCCCCAUCAGAACUGGCAGCAGCCAACUGCCUCCAGGAUACCACAAAACAAAGGCAGAAGAUGUGAAGAGAGUUCGGGAGACCGGGCUGCACCUGAUGCGGCGAGCUCUGGCAGUGCUCCAGAUCUUUGCCGUUAGCCAGUUUGGCUGUGCCACGGGCCAGAUCCCACAGACCCUGUGGCAGAGGGGCCAGGCUGACAGGGACUACUCUCCCUUACUGAAGAGGCUGGAGGUAUCAGUAGACCGAGUUAAGCAGCUAGCCCUGAGGCACCAGACACAUGACCACGUCAUCACGUCUGCCAACGUCCAGGACCUCUAUCUGGGAGGCAAGGAUGAGCUGACCAUGGCUGUGCGGAAGGAGCUGACGGUGGCCGUGAGGGACCUGCUGGCCCACGGACUGUACGCCGCCUCUCCAGGGAUGAGCCUUGUCUUGGCCCCCAUUGCUUGUUUGCUGCCAGCCUUCUCCUCAGCCCCUGAGGCCAUGCACCCCUGGGAGCUCUUUGUAAAGUACUACCAUGCUAAGAACGGCCGAGCUUAUGUGGAAUCCCCAGCCCGAAAGCUCUCCCAGGCCUUCGCCCUGCCUGUUAUGGGAGGCACUUCUGUGACCCCCAAGCAGAGCCUACUGACAGCCAUCCACAUGGUGCUGACGGAGCACGACCCUUUUAAGCGCAGUGCAGACUCAGAGUUGAAGGCUUUGGUAUGCAUGGCACUGAAUGAACAGCGUCUCGUAUCCUGGGUGAACCUCAUCUGCAAGUCUGGGUCACUCAUCGAGCCCCACUACCAGCCCUGGAGCUACAUGGCACACACAGGCUUUGAGAGCGCCCUCAACCUGCUCAGUCGCCUCAGCAGCCUCAAGUUCAACCUCCCUGUAGACUUGGCUGUGCGCCAGCUGAAGAACAUCAAAGAUGCCUUUUGAUGAGAAGGUCUUGGCCUUGGCCCUGCACUUUGCUCAGAAGGGAAAGAUAGAUGGUUAGUUUUAGAAAGAAGUAGGAGGGGUUAAAGACAUUUUCCCUAGCCAAGUGACUGCAGUCUGCCCCUCCAACUUAGCAUCUUCAGAAAGAAAUGCCAGGGACCCUGUUGGUAAGGUUCUGCCUGGUGGGUAGCCACAGUGUACAUGUGGGUACAUAUAUUUGAGCCUCUGUAAAAGAAGUCAGUCAUGGCCCACAGUUAAUGUACCAACUCCUCAUGCCAUGUCUGAUUUUUGGAAAACUUAGGUUGCUCUAACCAUUUUCUUUCUGACAGUGAGUGACAGCAACAGUGAGUUGUUGGUUCUGGAAGCCAUUCAACUUGAGGCUCCUGUCAGUCAAGUUGGAGCCAUCUUCCUUCACUCAAAGCAGGUUUGGGUGGGUUCUAGGGCCAGAAUUUAAAUUCCUUUUAUAAAUACUAAUGCCCCUUUCUCCCUGACCCCAAGGCCAAGAGAGGCUAUGGUUAUUCCACAUCUGUCUUUAAGACUCAGAACAGGACUGAGAACAGCAUUUAUAAGGGAGUUAGCCACAAAUUGAUUUUAACAUGAGACCUUUUUAGUGUAAAAGAAUUAAAUCUGUUCCUGACAAGGUGGUCCUCUCCUCACAGCACAGAUGAUAAGUUUUUUUUCGUUGUUUAUGAAGAAUCACAACUGUUAUCUGGCACCAGAUCCUCUGGCAAGUAACUUUUCCUCUGCAUGCCUCCCAACCAGAUGCUGACACCGUCUUCUCAGAAGCAAAUAUAUUAGAAGUUUACUCCUCAAGUGAAUCCUUGCCACCCAAGUCAAGGGUGGCUGGGAACACACUUUGGUGACCAGCAGCCACUCCUGGGGUUGUGAUUCCACUUGUCCUGGAGGCAGUCUGCUCAUGUGAUAGGUACUACAGCAGGGUAGGGACUGCAGCAGAUCACUGCUGACAGACAAGGGGCUGAGCAUUUCAUUAUAAAACUGACUCAAGAAUGUCCUGUUUGGUCUUCGGUAUUUUAGCAUUUUUAGUUCAUAUCUGUCAUUCAGCUUGCAUACUGCUCGAGGACUAACUGAAGAUGGGCAAAGUGCAUCACUUUCUGGAAAACCAAAUAGGCUCCCAACACUGCUGAUUCAGCAUUAUUUCUUGUAUUAAGUUGCCAGUUGCACUUUGUGUCUACAGUAUUAUGUAGUGCAUUUUAACUUAAUUUUUUUCAGCAACAUGUUAUUUAACAAGUAUUCAUAAUCAUUAGAAUUAGUCCUGUGUGAAACAUAAUAAGCGUAAAAUAUGGGAAAAUGAUGUGUCUGUGGUUGCUAAUAAAAUCAUUGUAUUUUUUAUACCUUU